ACAGAAGUAGUAGGCUUGCUAAUUCACUAUCAAGCUACCGUUGGUUCAAAAGAUAGCUUUCCAGAGUCUGCAUUACAUAAGGCUGCAGAGAAUGGACAUCAUGAAAUUGUAGACUUGUUGAUCAACCAUGGCGUGGCUGUUGACGCACAAAAUGCAUUCUCACAAACUGCACUUCACUUGGCUGCAAAGAAAGGCUAUAAAAAUGUAGUAGGUCUGCUGAUCAACCGGCAGUGUACUAUCGAUGCAAAAGAUCAGUAUUCAAAUACUCCACUUUAUGGGGCUGUAAUGAAUGGACAUUGUGAUACAGUAGACCUGCUAAUUAACCAUGGCGCGGCUGUUGACGGACAAAACGAACGCUUAAGAACUGCACUUCACCUGGCUUCAGAGAAGGGAGAUAUGGAAGUCGUAGGUACGCUGCUCCAUUAUCGAGCUUCUGUCGAC